CGUCGACGUGCGCAAUCUUUCGGCUCUCUCUGACAUCGUAUAUGAGUCCCUCGCAUACACGUAUGAUGAGCGGGGUGCAGCGUGCUGUACGCGUUCAGCUCUUCCCUCACAGGCCCGCGCCAAAAAUGGCUAUCUUCACCAUCUGAAACUCAGCGCGAGACAUCGCCACUGUCGGACCGCCCACGCCGCGGCUUGUUGCCGCAAGAUCUGCGGAUUCCUCCCCUGCAAUCCUUUGCGACGCUUCAAGGGGCGGAAUCCUCCCGCACCCUCUCCUACGAGUUAUAAAGGCUGGGCGCCAAGAUGACACAGGCUCACCCUUCUCAGCGGCCCAAGGCCCGCGAACACCUCACGACCCUCUCGGCCUCCCCCAUUCGCCGCUCUCCCCGAUUUGCGACUUGGAAUUCCGGCGCGCUCCCACGACCACGAUGCCCCGCCACACACGACAGGCGCCUUCCUAUGCUGAGCUCGCACCGCUCAAUCCUAUCGUGCAGCCGAGGCCGAUACACCAUGACCAGUGGGAGGCGGACGCGCAGACUCUUGCGCCGGCGCCACAAUAUCAAUAUACGCCCCCUCGCACUGGCAUGGCGCGUACACCGAGUCCAACACCAAGCGAAGCGAAUCUGCUUGCAGGCAAGAUGCCCUAUAGUGGGUCUGUGAUGCUGAAGAUGUACUGGAAACAAAUUGUUGUGGCGGUCAUUCUUCUGGUCGCGUUCAUUGUCAUCUUCGCGAUGAACGACAGGAUAUUGCACGCACUUCGGCCUGUCAAGGCGUGGAUGGACGAGCGUCCAUGGGGCUUCGUUAUCCCUUUGGCGAUAUACAUCGCCAUCUCCUUCCCGCCACUCAUUGGCCAGGAAGUCGUCGCGAUGUUCUGUGGCAUGAUUUGGGGUCUGGGAGAGGGCUUUGGUAUCGUCGCGGCAGGGACGGUUAUCGGCGAGAUCUUGCUCUUCUUGCUGGUUAAGUACUUCUUCCGCGCAAGAUUGCAGAAGAAGGAAGAGACGGGUGUCUCCUACGCCUGCUACGCCAGGGUGGUACGCGAAGGUGGCUGGAUAAUUUGCGCGGUCUUUCGCCUAAGUGUCUUCCCGCCGCAUUUCGUCACUGUCCUCGUCGCGGCCUGCGAUGUCCAGCUAUGGGUUUACCUGAUAGCCAUCGUCAUCGGCUUUCCGCGACAGUUGCUCCCUGUUUACCUCGGCGUCGUCCUCGACGACAAGGAUGAAGGCACGCAGCACGCGGGCCCGAAAGCCCUCAAGGGCGCCUUUGUCGCCUUCAUCAUCAUCGUCACCAUCGUCGCUGGUCGCUUCAUUGGCGCGCGGGUCAAGAAGAUCAAGCCGGAGAUUAUCUACCAGCGCAGGAAGGCGAGGCAGCAGAAAAUGAUGGAGUCUUUGGAGUCGUUGAACGGUGUCUAACUUAUAUUGCACGAUUUGCCAUGAUUCUCUCUCACUGUUCUUUGAGCUUGUCUACGAUGUAGCGUACCUCGCCUGGCAUAUUUAUUUACGGACAUUACUUACUCACGUAUACGACCACUGUAACCUAACGCGAUGAUUGACUUCGAUCCAGUUAUAUGUUAUUC